AUGAGGUUAGCUGUGCUUUACGUGUGCGGAGCCCUGCUGGCCAUCUCCAUGACCCCUGGGAACUAUGCAAACCCCAGCGAGGGAACCUUCCAGUGGGGUACAGAAUCUGGGAGCUGCCUAGUAACUCUAAAGCCUGCAGGGAACUGUGGGGGAGAGGGGAUAGAAGAGGAAGCAUGCCCCUACCGAUUUAUCUUGCCUCCGCUGGACAUCAUGCUGCCCUGGCAGCUCAGGGAGUUGGAGAGGACGGUGAAGGAGGUGCAAAGGCUAAAGGAGACUGUGGAACAGCUGAAGAGAGCCUGCAUGGAGUGCAAGAUGAGCCAGAGGGAGAGAGAGAGAGAGAGGCUGGGGGACAGAAAGAGGGAGCAGGUGAGAUUGGGAGACAGAGAGAGGGAGAAAGAGGGGGAGAAGAAGUCAGAGAGACAAGGGGGCAGAGAAAGGAAGAUGGAGAUGGAGAAGGACGGAGAGGGGGCAAGAAACAGGGAGAGAAAAAUUGUGGAAGAGAGAGACGGAGUGGAAGAAAGGGCUAUGGAGAAUGAGAGAAAUAUUGUAGAGGAGAGAAAGAGAGAACGGGAGAAAGGGGUGUGA